AUGAAGGCCAUGUACGCUGGUGUUCUACACCAUCUCUUUCCGACUCUUCAUGUACUCAGUAUUUGCAUGAUGACGCUUCCCAGAGCUGCCGGCGGCAACGGCAUUCAAUGCGGUGACUCAAAAUCGGCGACAUGCGAAAAGCUUGAAGCUGUCCUCCCAGGGAAAGUUUCCUACCCAAACACGACGACAUAUGAGUCCUCAGUCGAGUCAUACUUCUAUCAGACCGCCCGGCAGAGACCCAACUGCAUCGUCAGCCCAACUUCGGCCGAGGAUGUAGCUGAAGCCAUUCGAAUCAUCGCGGGAUCUGUGCAAACAAAAUUCGCGAUAAGAAGCGGGGGCCAUUCGCCACAUCCUGAGAUGUCAAACACCGACCCUGGGGUUACGAUUGAUCUGCGGGGGCUAAAUUCAAUUGUACUAUCCGAGAAAGACGACGUGCUCCAACUAGGUGCGGGCUUGGAAUGGGACAAAGUGUACGAAUACCUCGAUUCAAUCAACCGAACGGCUAUUGGAGCGCGUGAAUCCUCGGUCGGAGUGGGAGGAUUUGUUUCUGGUGGUGGCCUAUCUUUCUUUUCACCUGAGCGCGGCUUUGCAUGCGACAAUGUAGUUAACUUCGAAGUCGUUCUAGCAUCUGGGGAGAUCGUUAAUGCCAAUGCCGAAUCCCAUGCGGAGCUUUUCCGCGCCCUUAAAGGUGGCCAAUCUAACUUCGGUGUCAUCACUCGAUUCGAUGUUCUCACCCUGGUGGAAAGCACUUUAUGGGGUGGGGCUAUCUAUUACCCUCUGGAUGCUACCGAAAAUGCGCAGUUAGCAGCUUUCUUGGAUCUCAAGAGCGGCAAAUACGACCCUCUCGCCGCAAUUGAGAUGAGCUUCUUAUACACGGUGAAUAAUUCCUUUGUUUCGAAUAACAUGGUCUACCUACGGCCAAUUGUGAACGGAUCCGGCCUAAAGCGUUUUGCGGAUAUCCAACCGCAACUCCAGAACACGAUGAGGAUUGAUACGACUAAGAACUUUGGAGAGGAACUGCACAGCGGACAGCCCAAGAACCAAUACGCCAUAUUUGCGUGCACUACGUUCUUUAUCACGCCUACUAUUUUGAAGAAGAUCAAUACAGCCUGGAGAGCUGCAUCCGAGGGCUUAGCGGACAUCGACAAUCUCAUGUCGGUUUUGACAUACCAACAAUUUCCACCGCAACGCUCAGCAAACGCAAUGGGCUUCGACCCCAAUGCGAACUUGCACGAAAAGCUCGUCGUGCUCAUCAUCUCGACGUACUGGGCCCAGCCUGAUGCUGAUGCUUAUACGAAAGUAAAAGCUAUUAUAAAAGACGUGAUCGACCAGAUUGAAGAGUUUACCAAGCAAGAAAAUGCAUAUCAUCCGUUCAAGUAUGUCAACUAUGCUGGGUUCUGGCAGGAUCCUUAUAAGAGUUAUGGCCCUGAAGCGUAUGAAAGACUGAAUAAGGUCUCGAAGAAAUACGACCCUACUGGAACAUUCCAAAAACAGGCUGUUGGAUUUAAGCUUUGA